UUUCCGGUAACUCAAUGUGUUUCCUUUUCCUUGUCCCUAUCCAGACGGUUAGGUGCAACAGUAAUUUGGUCGUGUCUAUCAGGACUCAUCCAACAUCAUAACCGUCGUUUUAGUGGCUCAGAAUGCCUCCUAAAUUUGAUCCAGGCGCAACUUUCAUAGUUUACUGCAGAGCUGUUGGAGGUGAAGUACCAGCUACUUCUUCACUUGCUCCUAAGAUUGGGCCUUUGGGCUUGUCUCCAAAGAAAGUUGGUGAUGACAUUCAGAAGGGAACCGCUGAUUGGAAAGGUCUCAAAAUUACAGUAAAGCUUGUAGUACAGAACAGACAAGCUAAAGUAGAGGUUGUUCCUAGUGCUGCAGCCCUAAUCAUUCGUGCAUUAAAAGAACCUCCCAGGGACAGAAAGAAGGUUAAACAUGUCAAGCAUAAUGGCAACUUGACAAUGGAUGAUAUAAUCAAGAUAGCUAAACAAAUGCGUUCUCGCAGCAUGGCUAAAGAACUCUCUGGCACUGUAAAAGAAGUGUUAGGAACUGCACAGUCCAUUGGCUGUACCAUUGAUAAGCUUCCACCUCAUUCAGUGAUUGAGAAGAUCAACAGUGGAGAAGUUGAAGUUCCAGAUGAAUAAAUGAGAGAUUUUCUUUAAAAAAAAA